ACAGCUACCGGGCGUCAAGGUUAGCCCAUCAGUAUGCGUUUGCGUUUAUCUUGAUGCCGAACAAAUUUUUAUUAUGCUGUCACGAUGCUGUCUGCUGGUGGUUCUGUUAUUGAUCAUCCAGGAUGAACUGGACGCCAAGGAGAAAAACAAAAGCGGUAAACAACGGCCCCGCAACCGGCCGUCCAAGACGAGCGUGGCUGAAGUGCAAGACGGCAAAGAUGUUGAGCAACAGGUGGACAAGGUGCCUCAGAUUAAUCAGCCCGUCACGGCUGCCCCGGCUAAGUCCAAGAAGGGAUCCCGCCGUAAACGCAAGGGUCACCCCAAGCGCAAGAUCAAAAGACCCCCUACGGGAUCUAUCGUUAACGGCGUGCUUAAGCAGUCCAAGGAAAUGGUAAAAAGCUUGGCAAGGGGAGGCGUCAACGUGAUGCAGAAUGGUGUCAACACCUACAGCGGCAUCACCAAUGGUGUUUUUAACAUAGCCAAAAAAGGGUCUAACGUUCAUAGAAACAUGCAGAACAGAUUGAACUUGCCUUUGGUAAAAACCGUCGGCAAUUCCGUCGCAGAUAUCGUUGACUCAGGCCUGAACACUAUGUCUGAAGCAAACGAAUUGGGUGUGCUGGCCACCAAUAUAGGAGUCCAAAGGGUUCGCUCUAGACUUGACAAUACAAAUGGCAACCAGGAAAUAUUGAAAAUGCUACUGCAAUACGCCGGGUCGAAAGUGAGUAAAUACAAUAAGGGUGGCGUCAACGCCACAUUCACGGACGACAUCAAUACUAUUGCAAAUUUCAUUGCCAAGGACGACGAGGUAGCCGAACUCAUAUCACGGUUAAUGAGUAAGAUUAUGGCCAACGAGGAUGUAGUCACCAGUAUGAUUAGGAUGAUUAUCAGUGUAAUGGGGGAUAGCGAAUCAAUGGGCUGCAUAUUAGACAGAUUACCGUUAUCCGACAAAGACAUGCGUAUGGUGUUUGAUAUGAUGACCGGCCCGGAGGGACAAGCUACAUUGAGUACCGCAGCCACUAUAGUCACAGAGUUAACUGGUCCGGAUUCGCAGGCUUUCAUGGCAUCGGCAAUGGACAUAGCUUCAAUGGUUCAAGGUGGAGCAGCAGCUUUUUCACCGUCGUCAAUGUUUAGUUCCAUUUCGGGAUACUUCUCAGGGUCUUCGAAAAAUGAUGAUCCGAACAUCCCUGAUUUGAAAAAAGCAGAUGGGGCCGACGGUAAGAAAGACCGUAAAGAUGUUCACUACGAUCCCACUGCUAUUGUACCUGUGGCAAGUGAAAAAGUACAACAUCUUGAAAAUGACAUCGGUGGGUGGUUCGAUUAAUAGGUAUUAAUAUUUAGACCAUAAUAUCCAUUUUAUAAAAUAUAUUUUACAUGUGAAAUUUUUACACCGAUUUUAUCGCUCGGAAAUACCAAAUAUACGGAUUACGGGUAUAACAUUUUUAUAAAUUGCGUUUAAAUGAUAUUGGAAGAUAUUAUAAUUAAAUUAUGUUAUACAUUACAGAAUAAAAUAUUAAAUUUAAUCAAUACUUCAAAUGUUAAUUUAAUAAA